UGGAAGAUUACCCUAGGUAUCAUGUUUACACUGAUUUUUCUUCUUAUAGGGCUGCGAAAUCACCAGUGGCUGCAGGAGGCAGAGUUUUCGCAGACGUCCAGGCAAUUGUACGCCGCGGUGGCCGAGUUCGGGUCAAGGCUCUAUAAUUACCAGGCCAGGCUUCGAAUGCCUAAGGAGCACCUGGAGCUUCUGAAGAAGGAAAGCCAGACUCUGGAGAACAACUUCCGAGAGAUCCUGUUUCUCCUCGAGCAAAUCGACGCCCUGAAGGCGCUGCUGAGGGAGCUGCAGGAGGGCGCGCACAACCGCAGCUGCAGGGCCGCCCGGGACCAGGACGCGGCCGCGGACCCCGACGAGGAAAUGUCACACUUGGUCGAUUACGUGCUUAAGAAGUUGAGGGAGGACCAAGUGCAGAUGGCCGAUUACGCCCUGAAGUCCGCCGGAGCCUCCAUCAUUGAGUCUGGAACCUCAGAAAGCUACAAAAAUGACAAAGCAAAACUGUACUGGCACGGAAUAGGGUUCCUGAACUAUGAAAUGCCUCCGGAUGUCAUUCUUCAGCCGGACGUCCACCCGGGAAAGUGCUGGGCCUUCCCGGGUUCCCAGGGGCACGCCCUGAUCAAGCUUGCCAGGAAGAUCGUGCCCUCGGCGGUCACCCUAGAGCACAUUUCAGAGAAGGUGUCUCCCUCAGGAAACAUCUCCAGCGCACCCAAGGAGUUCUCUGUCCAUGGAGUCAUGAAAAAAUGUGAAGGGGAAGAAAUUUUCCUGGGUCAGUUUAUAUAUAACAAGACAGAAAGCACCGUUCAAACGUUUGAGCUGCAGCAUGAAGUUCCUGAAUUCAUAUCGUGUGUGAAACUUAAGAUCCUUAGCAACUGGGGACACCCACAGUACACUUGCUUGUACCGAUUCCGGGUGCACGGCACCCCCAGUGACCACACCUAGAGCGGUGUGGCAGGCUGUGACCACACGUCCAGAGCGGUCAAGGGCUUCUGUUCCCCAGGGAGGGAA